GUUUAUGGGUCUCAGACUUCAGCUAGUCAAAGACUGCAAAGCUUUUGCAGCCAAGUAUUAUACGGAUUAUUUUGAUUUAUCCAGUCAUAAUUAAUAGUGGUAAUUAGAUUUAUUCUUUUUUGGCUUCCGUACUUUUAUUAUUAAACGUUGGGAUGCAACCGGAAGUCAACACUGUUAUGGUGCUAGUUCCACAGUGAUGGCGCAGCGACACGGAAGUUUUGCUAGCUGGGAUAAAUAUGAUGGAAAUGUUACGUUUAAGAAAGUUUAAUUCUUUAACAGAACUUAUCAGUUAAAUCUAGGGUUUGUCUGCUGAGACGAACGUGUUUUCUGCCACCGUUUUGUUGCAGAGUAACGGUUUAUGUCACUCAGCUAGGAUUAGCUAGAACACUAGCUUACUUUAUGUUCACUUCGCUAGAACACUAGCCUACUUGCUGUAAGUAACACAGAGCUGCGGAGGUCGGUGACUGGCUGCAACUUGCAGCUGGUGCCCAAAGUUUUAUCUCAAGCGAAAUGUCUAAAGCCAGUCGAAAACGCUCGAAAGCCAGAAGAGCCGCAAAAGCUGCAGCAAAAGCAGCUGAAUUCGGAAUGGCACCGGGACCAAGGCCUCCGCCUCCCGAUGGAUUUUGUGGUGGUGGUCCGCCACAUCCAGUGCCUCUCCUCGGACCGAUGAUGACUGGAGAUCGCUUUCAUACGAGCCCACCAGACUUUGGACCGCCAAUGAUGGAGGAUAGACCGUUUAGAAAUGAGCCCCCCGAGUUUGUCCCCAGAGACCGGUUUGUGCAUAGACCAGGGUUCCACCCGCAGGAGCUUGACAUUCACCAACGUUUCCGCCAUCCAGAUUUGGUGGAUGGACCACGAGGUUUUCACCCAGAGCCAUAUGGAGACCGACCACUAGAGUUUGAGGGUGGACCUUCGGGUUUCGUGCCACCAGAAUUUAGAGAUGGACCACGUGGCUUUGUCCCUCCUGAGUUUAGGGAUGGACCAAAUGACUUUGUCCCUCCAGAGUUUAGGGAUGGACCACAAGGGUUUGUCCCUCCUGAGUUUAGGGAUAGACAACCAGGCUUUGUCCCUCCUGAGUUUAGGGAUGGACCACAAGGGUUUGUCCCUCCUGAGUUUAGGGAUGAACCACAAGGAUUUGUCCCUCCUGAGUUUAGGGAAAGACAACCAGGCUUUGUCCCUCCUGAGUUUAGAGAUAGACCACAAGGCUUUGUCCCACCAGAGACAAUGGAUGGACAACAUGGGUUUGACCCUCCCGAAUUUAGGGGUGGACAACAAGGGUUUGACCCUCCUGAAUUUAGGGGUGGACAACAAGGGUUUGAUCUUCCUGAAUUUAGGGGUGGACAACAAGGGUUUGAUCUUCCUGAAUUUAGGGGUGGACCACCAAGAUUUGCCCCAGUGGCAGGAAUCCAGCCAUCACAGUUUGUGGAUGGACCAGGUUAUCCAGCGAAAAUCCCUGAUCAUGGACCACAAGAUCUUCAUAACACUGCGUCCUCUGUUGCUUCCUGCCCACCUCUCACAACUCCUGAGGCAACUCAAUCCAGCACUUCAGUCAAUAAUGAAAAUAGUAAAAGUUCCACUACAACAACAACAAAGAAAGAAAUGCCCGUUGUCAAGAGCUUGCUUGGUUCAGUCAAACCUCCACCUGGGCGAUCACUGGGAGUCAUCACAUUUAUUGCUAACAGCUACGGAUUCAUCGAACGCGAGGAUCUGAAAAAAUAUUCUUUCUCAUUUGAUGCUUUUUUUGGCAAACGGAACCAUUUGGUACCUGGGGUUAAAGUGCAUUUCACAGCAGUAAAAGAAUUGGGAAAAGAAUGUGCUACUGAUGUGAAGAUUGCACCACAAGGGACAGAAGAGAUUGAACCCACAGUGUAUGAAGGCAUUGUCACUACAGUGCUGCCGGAUACUUAUGUGUUGGAAGCGCAUCCAGGCCGCAUCAGAACCAUUCUUAAGACUGAAACUGUAAAAUUGCCUUUUGGAAAGAUGGACUCAAAAGCCACCCUACUACUGUUUGACCGGGUGAAAUUUCAGCUGCUCACAAAUAUUAUUACAAAGGUGCGCAGAGCAACGAAUGUCACACCACAAAUGCCAGAAACCUUUCAGCUCACCAAGGAGAUGAGGGAAAAGGGAAUUAUAACGAACAUCAAUAAUGAUACCUGUACUAUCGUGUCAAAGAAACAUGAAAACCUCACUGCUUCUCUCAGUGAGUAUCUGUCAGAUGAACAGUUAAAAGUCAUGGAUGAGGUGGACUUCACACUUGUAACUGUGAAAGAAAAAUUGAAGGCCAUCAGGUUGAAGAAACUUCCCGAGGGCUCGGUGGAGUUUAAAGACAAACUUACCGAUACCUCUGCAUGCAAAUCAAUGUGGAAACCAGUAAUCUCUAAGGAAGAAACUGUUGAAGACAUAAGCAGUGAGAAAUAUGAAGGAACGGUUUCCAAAACCAUCCCCAAAGGUUCUAAAAUGGAGACGGGGCAGCAGCUGCCACAGGGACUUGUGAUCACCACUGAGGCUGGUGCACAGAAAAGUUUACCAUUUGGUUCAGGUGAUGUAGUCACACAGGCCACAAUGAUGGUUGGUGACAAGGUCCAGUUCAACAUUGCCACCAAACAGGAGACCAAGGAGGAGCGUGCCAUCAACAUUGUGAUUCAGCCAGAAACCUUCCAGCAAGAAUCCACAGAGCAACGCAAGAUAGGCAUUGUUGUAAAAUUGAAUGAUAAUUCUGGGUUUAUCAAGGCUCCUCUGGACCCACAACUGUUUUUUGACCUGUCUGAGGUUAUGGAUGAAGCCAAGCUCAUGUUGUCAGAGAAAGUUGAGUUUACACUCGCAAUGGGCGCUUCAGAAGGCAAACAAGCAAUUAGAAUCAGAAGGCUAACUGAGAGUGUCUUCACAUCUGUACCAAAAAUAGAAGAAAAGAAAGAAAAGAAGAAAAUGACAAUCAAAUUGCUGAAAGACCCAAACGAGCACAUCAAGAACGACAACAAAACCACAGAGGAUAAAGAUUGUGAUUCUCUGGCUGCAGAUAACCCAGCCAGGGAAAAGGUGGAGGUCUCAAAUGCUUCAAAGCAGGACAAUAAAGACAAACAGGAAAACAUUAAUAAGGGUAGCAGAGAGCGUAGUAAAAGCCGAGAAAGCAAUAGCCGCAGCCGGGAUAAGAGUAACGCCUACUAUGGCAAGCACAGGAGCUCCAGUCGUGAUAGAAGUUACCGAAAUUACAGACGGAGCCGCAGUCGUAGUAGAGAUCGAUCGCGCAGAUGCAGCCGCAGUAAAAGCAGGGAAAGGCUCAGUCGGAGUGGCAAAAAGAGAAGUCACAGCCCAGAAUACACGGAUGAGCAUCGCAGAAGACGGAUCGACAAUAAAGAAAGCAGCAGCAAGAGGCGAAGCAAAAGCCCUGAUGGCCAGAACAAGACGGCAAAACAUGCAGCUAUCUCACCAUCAACUGAGGCUGUAAAUAAUGAAAUAGAAAAGAAGAGGAAAGAGUUAUUGGAGCUCAAUGAGUUAAUAGCACGUAAAAAAGCAAUAAUUGCGAUGGAACAAACCACCAAAAGUCAGUUUAAAGAGACACUGGAAAUGAAUGAUCAACAUGGGAUUGCAAUGUUUGAUUAUCAGCACAAAACCUAUGUAGACAACUCAUGGACCCCUGACUUGAAGCCAGUUAGGUCCAUUUUAAAGAAAUACUCUGAAUCUCUCAGCUGUCUACAACAUCAGAAAAGUGAAAGAAUUGACAGUCCAGAAGAGCCAGUGGGAUGCCCAGAAACCAAAAUUUCCAGUGCAUACAUGUCGGUUGGCUCAGUCCCUGGAUGGAUUAAACAGAGUUCUAAACCUGAGACUGACGAUCAGGAAUUAGCAAGGAAAAAGAGACAGUUAGAGGAACUAAGUGAAAGCAUUGCACGUAAAAGAGCCAUUAUAGCCAUGGAACAAAAAGCUAAAGCCCUUAGCGAUGGUUCUGAAAUGAAAAAGAAAUACGAUUUUGUGUCACGUUCAGAUGAUCUGGACAUAACAAUGCCAAUCAAGAACACCUGGCAACUUGAUAUAAAACCUGACCUUCAGCCAAAGAAGUCCAUUUUGAAGAAUCGGUCAGAAUGUGUUACUGACCAGGCACAGAAGGAUUUGACUUCAGGCGGUCAGUAUGCUAUUUUUUCAAUGUCUAAACAACCUAACUCAGCUUUCCUCAGUCCCUCUGAGCCUUCAGAUGCUUCAUUUAAAAAACCCUGUAAUCCACCUUCAGUGCUCUCGAAUACUGAUGAUCUUUUCAAGAAGUUGAUUGACACCUCUGCCAGUUCAUGUAAAAGCAGUAACAACACAAUGGGCCAGCAGUCCUUUCAGCCAAGUUCUAAUUUAUUUUAUGACCAAAAAAGUAGCAGAGAGUCCAAAGACAAAAGUUAUUCAACAUCUCCUUGUCAGAUACCACAGUUUUCUCAUCAGGGUUGUGACCAGGCUUCCACAAGUGAGGCUUCUUCAACCGAGUCUUCAGCUACAAAACGACAGAGUAAUCUUGCAACCCAGAUGGAACGCUUUCUCGGUGCUUUAAAUAAAGCAGAUUCACAUUUAGUCUCCUCAUUGUUAAGAGAUGCUAAUGAUUCUGGUCCACUGGAGAGUCAGAGGAACCCACAACAGCAGGCAAAAAGUAAAGUGUCCUGUGGUGGCGAAUUGUAUGAUCCGUUCAAAGAAACGGACAGAAAUGAAGACAACUAUCCCUUAAUAGGGAGCAGACAGAAAAUAAUCCCUAUGUUGGGACGAAUUGAAAGCACCCAAGACGAUUUGUUGCCACAUGAAAGAGCUGUGGUAGAUGGCAGUGGCUUUUCCAAAAUUGUUGGAAUGAGAUAUGGCAUUGAAACAAAGCCUGAGAAUCCGUUCCUUUAUGGAGAGUCAAUACCUUCUACUAGCCAAAGCAGACUUUUAGAAGAACACGAAAAAUUUUUGGAGGAGUGUGAUCAAUUUAAACAGUCCCAGGAUCAUUACAUUGAUGAGCCAUAUCAUAAUGACUCGAAAUAUGUAGAGGACAGAGAGAGAUACAAACGACAAAAACCAUCUGACAGGCGAAGAGUAGAAGGUGGACUUGGCCCAGUGCAACGCACAUCAAAGGAUGCCCACAAAGAUGCGGACCAAAGAGCAAGCCACUAUAAAAUAAUUCAGGAUCUUCUGCAAACUGUUGGUCUUGAUUUAGACACGACAGAUAUUAGCAAUUUAGCUGAUAGGACAAAUGAGCGCUUGUAUGGUAAGAAAGUCAAACCUCAGAGCUCUCACUCUUCUGAUCACAAAGACGAACGAUCAGCACGUAGGUAUGAACGAAGAGAUAGUAGUCAUUCCACUGAUUCUGAGGGUGUCAGGUCUGUAUCCCCUGCUAAAAGCUCUAAUCGUGAGGUCUACAUGAGCUAUUCGGACACACUUAAGCAUCGUCACGAUGAAGUCGCAGCCGGGAAGCCGGACCUAUUUAGCCUUAAAAGGACUAUUAGGAAUAGUCCAGAAGCCAAACAAACGACACCAGACCCAUAUAAUAUUGCACCACCGGAAGUUUCACAUGAAGCAGUCUCAGAAGCUCAGCCUGUUGGUUUGCAGUAUACUCAAAUAUUCAGUGAAUACUCCUCGGUUUCACACCAUGUUACAAUCAAGCAAGAUUCCCAGCAGUGUAGUUAUGCUGUAGAUGGAAAACAAAAUCCCUAUGGGUCAGUUUCUGUAAAUCCUCUGCAUUAUGCUUCUGGCUAUCCGACACUACCCUCUCAAUUACCCCCUGGCUAUGGGGCUUAUGCAUCAUCUGCCGGGCCUUUACCAAUGAUGCCACCAAGCCCUGCCCUGUUCUAUCCACCUCUCUCUACUUUUACCCCCCCAGUUCCUCCUCCACCUGCUCUUUAUCCACCCACUUCAGGCCAGUUUAGCUAUGCCAUGCUGCCUGCCAGCUCUGGAUAUGUCACCCAGCAAGCUAAACCAAGGCCUGCUCCACAGAGCAGGUGUCUCAAAACAAUAAAAACAGUGCAAACUCAGAAUUCUGUUAGUGUAAAGCUUUCUGCUGCCAAGGAAAUUCCUACUGUCAUUAGCAUACAGACACAAAAGGAGCCUAAUAAUGAAGGUGAAACUAAAUCCCAAAAAGUACCCAUGAUGGAAGAUGACAUCAAAGCUAAACAGAAAAAAAGGCUGGAGCAGUUUAAUCAGAGAAUGAGACUGAAGAAGGAACAGCAGAUGGAAGCGCAGCGAACACGAGGACUAAACCAGAAAUCAGCACCAGAACAUCCACCUUGUUCUCCAUUGUUCAGCAGUUGCAAUGUUGAAACGAGGAACCUUGUAUGCGUAGGAAAAGUUGUCCGAACAGAAGUAAAGAAUGUCUGGAUAUGUGGCCACUCCCUUGUGUUCUGGGCUGAGAAGAGGGCCACAUCUCCUGAAAUAGGUAUGCAGCUUGGUAUGGACCCCAAUACUGUGCGCAUAUGGUGGAAGGGUGUGCAGGGCAUGAUAUGGCAACAGCUUCUGCCCCAGCUACUCCAACUAAAGGACAACUGGCCCAAACCUGAUGUGAUUCUUAUUCAUCUGGGGGGAAAUGAUCUUGGCAAGAUGACCCCAGAGACCUUUGUAUUAGCAGUGAAGAAUGACCUGGUUUCACUGAAGAGCAUUUUUCCUGAAUGCCACCUAGUUUGGUCAGACAUCUUGCCCCGCAAAUCCUGGAGACACUCAAAUGACAGCACGGCAGUGAACAACAUGCGGCAGGCGAUCAAUAAAACAAUACGUGGUAUUAUGGCAGAGCUUGGGGGCUCCUCAUUGACUCAUGACAACAUAAUGCCAAAAGUGGACUCUGGCCUCUACAGACCAGAUGGAGUUCACCUCUCUGGUAAAGGGAUUGACACUUUUAACUUAAACAUGCAAGACUUUCUUGAGAAGUGGGAAAGUGAGAUAAGUGAGGCUGAGACUUCUGAAAGCUAAAAUGACUUUUGAGGUUUUUCCAUCCUUAUCCUUCAGUAUCUCUUGAACUCUAUUGAGAAUUCAUUCUUGUAUCUUUUUUAAUGUUAGAGUUGGAUUUCAUCCAAUGCUUAUCAUAAUCUGUAUGCAUGUAAUGUUUUAUUAAAUGUGUUAAAUUCUGUUGUCUAUUAAUAUUUACUAAUUCCUGUAAUUAUAUGUAGAUUUAGUUUUUUAUUGGUUGUUGAAUGAGAACAAAAAAAUAAAAGACAAUACUUGA